AAACUGUCAUUCCGGUGCUCGUGGUCGCGCUGAUCGGAUCGGUGUUCGGUGUGUGUGUGUGUGUGCGUGUCGCGCGCGCGGUGUUCCGGUACUUUUAAACUAAAAAAAUUGCCUCGUCUCGGGGCUUCGUUUUUUUCUAACUAACGUCGACGAUCAAAAAACUCAAAAUGGUCAACGUGCAGGACGCGUUUCGAGAUACGUAUCUGCGUCAUCACCGACAUUUGCUGGGCAUACCCGACACAAACGCCAGACUAAGGGAAUUCGAGGGAUUGUACAAGAGAUCUUUGCGCGACCGCGACCCAUUGAGGGUGGCGGUUCUCGAGGAGUUGAUCACCAACCAAGAGCUGUUCCCGAGAGACGACGACAAGAGAUUCUUUCUCAAGCUCGCUCUCGACGAGUACCACCCGAGAAUACUGGAUCGGCUCGAGAGCAUAGAACCGGUGAACAACUUCAACAGCAGCUACAACGUGCACAUACUCGACGCCGACUACGACGACAAGUCCGCGCUGCAUUAUCUGGCCGACAGGUACGAGGCGGCGCAGUCGUUCGACGUCAAGCGGGAGUGCUACAAUCUCAUGUCGUUUCUCUUGAAAUACGACCACAAGAUCGUCAAAUCGGCCGUGAACCCGGAAUCCACGCAGAGACGCAUGAGGAUCUUCAUCGACCGGCUGGGCUACAACUAUCUGCACGGCUGCUGCCUGGUGGGCAAAAAGGAUACCAUGGAGAGAUUGCUGUUUCGCAAACUGGUGGACGACAGUCUCAUGCGCAACCAUCCGCGCAGCCCGCUGCACGUGGCCGCCCAGUACAGGCACGCGGCCUGCGUCCAGGUGCUGCUGGACUGCGGCGUCGACCCGAACUACCAGGACCAAGAGCACUCGACGGCCCUGCACGCGCUCUCGAGGCCGUGCAUGCUGCGCUGCCAGUGCCGCGCCCCCGAGCUCAGCUACUGCGACUGCCGUCGACAGGUGCUGGAGAUCGUCCGGAUGCUCGUUGAGAAAGGGGCGAACCUCGAGGCAAGGAACGCAAACGGAGACACGCCUCUGAGGGCUGCGGUCUCGCGACUCGAUGUCGAGGUCACCAGGGCCCUGCUCGAGUGCGGCGCGAAUCCGCGAAGUUUGAUUACUAAUGGUAACGACCGGACUGUGUUGUUCGACGCGGGAUUCACGGCCCUCGAGACGAGGUCGUACCCGCUCACCUUCAACAUCAUCGAGUUGGCCAAGUUGUUGGAGUCGAGGAACAUCGCGCUGGAGCUCAGCGCUAGAUUGAGGAUGGUCAAAUGUUGGAUGAGGGUCCGAGGAAACGAGGUCGAUCAUCUGAUCCCCGAUGAUACCGGCCACGUUCAACAAGAUCGAUGCAUCUUGGUGGAGAUCAAGAAAAAAAUAAAACUCUACGAGGGGCUCGCCUUUUGUCAAGACGCUCUGCGUUACUUGCAACAGCGAUGCGCGAGUUUGGAAGAAAAACUGUCGCGAUGCAAUCCUCCCUGCCCGCCCGUUGGCCCCGAAGAGCUCGUUAUCGACCCUUGGAUAAAAGAAGUUCAACCGCUGUACCAAAUCAUCCUGACCCAAUCGGAUGAGAAAACGAAAACGAAGACGGAGGUCUCGCUCGCUCGGCUCUGCGAAAUUAACCAUCUCGAGAGCGCCGAGCUGUUGAAAAACCUAAAGGAUGAUCCCUGCGCGACGAUCGUCGGAAAGACGGCCGAGUUGAGCUGCAAUACCGCCUUCGUGAACGGCAUCGUGAAGAGACGCGUCGCCAACAACCUGAUGAGGCCGGUGUUGAAUUUGGACUACAUUGGACGUGACCUGUUCAUGACCGAGGCUUACAACUUGAACAUGACGAACGUCCAGUGUCUCGAAGUGGCCAAGAGCAUGCCCAGAGAGUGGUUGUUGCGCUUGUUCCAGCAGACGAACGUGGAUGCCAUGGGAAAAUUAGCCUGGAAAAUCGAGAGGGAUUAUGAAAACGAUCCGCGGGCCGAGCGUCGACUGUGGACGAACCGGUCUUUUUUUACCGAUGAGAGUAAAAUCUUCGAGUGUCUCAGGAACCACUGUAGGGCCGUGGCAAGAUACGGCCCCUAUAGACUUUUUUAACGAGAAAAAUUAGUAAAAUUUAAGGCGUACGCGUAAGAAUUGCGGCGAUGAAAGAAUCGAAGAAGAAUACAGUACACCUGUAAAAUCCAUUUUUAGCUAUUUCAGUAGCUAUUUUUUGUACGCGUACAUUUUUUAUAAUGAAUUAAAAAUUUUUAAUUGUCAAUGAGGUUCAGUCAUAUUUCUAUGAAUGAUCUCAAUCGAUUUCUUACGAUUACGUUUGAUUGUAAAUAAAUACAAAUUAGGGUAUUAUACACUACGAUUUAUGCGUUAUAUUUCGAGUGAAUUGACACGAUGGUGAGAGUAAAAGGAGUAAAGAGGAUAGGGCCAAGUUGACAGAGUAUAGAGAAGACAGACAAACGACGUAUUGUAAUUGUAAAUAAGUGUGAAUGUUAAAAGUAGUAUUUGUGUAUUUAGAAUAAUGUUCAAGUCAAUAGGUAACUGUAUCUGUGAAAACAAAUUGAAAUAAUGUAUGAGGUAGUAGUGUAUAAGUUAAAUUGUAAACAAUUGAGAAAACGUAAAUAUUGUGACAGAAUAUGUAAAGUCCUUUUUUGUGCCUAUAAGGUUGAAAUAAAUAAAUAUAUGAGACUGUAAA